CACCCCUUUCUUUACAAAGAUUGCAUCUUUUGCUAUCCAUCCUUCAUUUAUACAUCCCCUUCACCUAGAGAGAGAGAGAGAGAGGUGGGGGACUAAAAAAAGCUACCACAAUCUUGAGAGAUUAUUGGUAUUAGAUCUGCUGCUGGUGAAUGAGCUUUGCUUCCUCUCUCACAGGAAACAGAGCUGAGCUGCUUUGUGGGUUUCUCCUUUUUGUGCUUAUUGUGAAUAAGAAAGUUAAAAUCGAAUCUUGAAUUAGGGUUUUGAGCUUGCUGGGCUAUCUCAGUCAAGCUCGUAUUUAUCGAGGGAUUUCGAUGGGGAUUUGCAUGAGCAGCCAGAUUAAGGCUGAAACUUCAUUUCAGAGUGGUACAGAUGGAGGUCUCACUUCCUCUAAAAUGGUUAGUGGGGAUGGGACAGACUUGAGUAAUUUAAGUGCGAAAACUUCUUCAACCUCCGUGCCUCCAACUCCUCGGAGUGAGGAUGAAAUAUUGCAGUCCGCAAACAUGAAAAGCUUCACACUCGCUGACCUUAAGGCGGCCACAAGAAAUUUCCGCCCUGACAGUGUGAUCGGGGAAGGUGGCUUCGGUUCUGUUUUCAAGGGGUGGAUCGACGAGCAUACGUUUGCAGCAGCUAGGGCUGGCUCUGGUAUAGUAAUAGCUGUUAAGCGACUAAACCAAGAGGGAUGGCAAGGACACACAGAAUGGUUGGCUGAGAUAAACUAUUUAGGACAGUUGCGCCAUCCUAAUCUCGUGAAAUUGAUUGGUUACUGCUUGGAGGACGACCACAGACUUUUGGUGUACGAGUUCAUGCCAAAGGGUAGUAUGGAGAAUCACCUAUUCAGGAGAGGUUCUUACUUCCAGCCACUAUCGUGGAGCCUGAGAAUGAAGAUUGCUCUUGAUGCUGCAAGGGGGCUUGCCUUUCUUCAUAGCGACGAAGUGAAAGUGAUAUAUCGGGACUUCAAGACUUCAAAUAUCCUGCUUGAUUCAAACUACAACGCUAAACUUUCUGAUUUCGGGCUGGCCCGGGACGGGCCAACCGAUGAUAAGAGUCAUGUCUCCACCCGAGUUAUGGGAACUUAUGGAUACGCUGCUCCAGAGUAUCUAUCCACAGGUCAUUUAACGGCCAAGAGCGACAUAUACAGCUUCGGAGUUGUUCUCCUUGAGAUUCUAUCGGGGAAGAAAGCAAUAGACAAGACUCGUCCAUCGGGGGAACACAAUCUGGUCGAGUGGGCAAAGCCUUACCUCACGAACAAACGUCGAGUCCUUCAUGUCCUGGAUGCUCGUCUCGAAGGCCAGUACUCGUUGGACCAGGCUACAAAAGCGGCCCAACUCGCUCUUCAAUGCCUAGCCAUUGAAGCCAGGUCGAGGCCGAAUAUGGAUGAGGUUGUGACGGCUCUGGAGCAGCUCCAGGACUCGAAGGACGCCUCGAAAAACGACCGGAAACACCACCAAUUGAAGAUACGUUCGCAGACAAACAGUGAACCUAAAACGUGCAAGACCAGUGCUCAAGAAACACGGAAGGCGACCGCCUAUCCGAGGCCAUCGGCCUUUGUAUGAGGCAUCAGCACCGGGCUGUUUCUACUCGAUGGAGUUUGUUUUAGACUGUACAGUCGUGUGUUGUUAUAGAUUUUGUGAUGCAUGUGUUUGUAUUGUAAUCCUAUUUGAGUUCUAUGAUCAGUUUUCAUGGAAUCUGGAAAUUGUUGUUGUAAUCUUUGGCGAGGUAAGAACUGAAUUUUUGAUUGGGUGGAAAAAGAAAAAGCAGUGAAAUGUGUUGCUCAUUUUUUAUAA